GGUUUAAAUGUCUCCGUUCUGAAUAUUUUUUUUUUUCUCUAUGAGCCUCCUUUUCAGACUUCUGCAAACAAGCAUCUACCUGAGCCCCGCGGCGCUGCACACAAUGUACCCCGAACGUUUCCCAAGCUUGGACUGCCCUCUGUGUGGUGAUUAUGCGGACUUCGAACAUGUCCUGUGGGGCUGCGCCUCUGCCGGUCCCCCUUUCACCCAAGAGGAAAUAUUGAAGCUAAUUAGGGCCCAGGAUCAGACCUCUCCAAUCCUGGCAGUCCAGAGGGCUCGCGAGAGGGCCGUCAGGUUUCACCUGAUGUUCCCCGAGUGGGCCUAGCCAGGUGACGUGAAGUUUGCUUACGUCUAUAGUGGACCAAAUAAAGUUGUUUCGCUCACCCACUCACUCUAGGAGCCUCCUCUCUUGGAAACUAAGACAGGGGCGUUUGCUCAGCUGUGGAGAAAUUUAUAGUUUUUUCAAGCAUACUUUGUUAAGUUCUUCAUAUGUUACAUUUUAUUCAUUCUAUCCCGACAGUUUAACCAAUUUCAGUACUACCAGCACUUCUGUAAUACCGUGCAAAUCUUGGCAUUUCGCCCACACGGGUAUGCGCUACCACUAGAAGGCAAUCCAAACCAAACCAAACAGGAAGGGAGGGCGCGCUCGACCGGUUCGUUGUCAACAAUUAGCACAGUUCCUACAUUUAACACGACACUGACGAUGACAAUAUUAAUUGUAAUGACAGGUAUAAAUAACAAGCAUUUUAAUGCGACCGCCGCUACAACUCGGCCGACGUAGCGCUGAAGAGGAUUUGUAAGUUGCGUGCAGGGCACUGGACUCCGCAAAGCGACGGCGACAGGCGGGUUACGUUGCAGGACAGCCAUGAAAACUAUGGAGUUUUGUGAACACAUGCGAGCAAGGGGUAGCGCGCGCGGCAUUUUCGGGAGUUAAGGAAGACGACGAAGGGGCGCUUUGCACGCUUCGCUCGGCUCGUGCGCCUGACUGGUCACCACAUCAGAAAACCGCGCCGCUGCCCUGCUGCACAGUCGUAGCUCCUGUAGACUGCAGCAGCUCUCUCCUCGCUAGCGUUCCUUGACAAAGUUCUGUACGGACGCCGCUUCAGAUUUGCAGAGUACCUGAGCGACACAACCACCCUCGGGAUGACGUCAUCGCUGGUGAGCCGAUUCACGAUCUGGGACUACCUGGUAUUCUGCGCCAUGCUCGCGGUGUCGACGGCCAUCGGCGUCUACUACGCGUUCUUCGGCACCAAGAAGGUGUCCACCGACGAGUUCCUGAUGGGCGGCCGCCAGCUGAGCGCGUUUCCCGUGGCGCUCUCCAUCCUGGCCAGCUUCAUGUCGGCCAUCACGCUGCUCGGCACGGCCUCCGAGAUGUACCUGGCGGGCACCCAGUACGUCGUCAUCUGCGUCUCCUACUGCUUCGUCAUUCCCGCCACGGCCUACUUCUACAUGCCCAUCUUCCACCACUUGCAGCUGACCAGUGCCUACGAGUAUCUCGAAAUACGCUUCAACAAAGUGAUACGAUCCAUGGGAAGUGUAACAUUCUCGCUUCAAAUGUUAAUUUAUAUGUCAAUCGUGUUGUACGCGCCCGCCCUGGCACUCUCUCAAGUGACCGGCAUUUCCACCUGGACAUCGGUUCUGUCUCUAGGAUUUGUUUGCACUUUCUACACGAGCAUCGGUGGCAUGAAGGCUGUCGUGUGGACGGACGUCUUCCAAAUUGGGCUAAUGUUCGGAUCCAUGAUCACGGUCGUCAUUCGAGGGACUAUCGACCUCGGUGGACUCGGAUACGUCUUUGACAGGGCGUCCGAAGGUGGACGUCUGGAAUUGUUCAACUUGAACCCCAGCCCGACCGAGCGGCACACGGUGUUCGGCAUGACCAUCGGCACUUUCUUCACCUGGAUGUCGGUGUACGGCGUGAGCCAGGCCAUGGUGCAGCGCUACCUCACCAUACCCACAAUCCAGGGCGCACGCAAGGCUGUCUGGAUCAACCUUCCGGGCCUGUCGUUCUUGAUGCUCAUCUGUGCCAUGGCGGGCCUGGUCAUGUACGCUCGCUACCACGACUGCGACCCAAUCAUGACCAAGAAAGUUAGCGCGCCAGACCAGCUCCUUCCUCUCUACGUCAUGGACAUCCUGGGCAAAUUCAAGGGUGUCCCUGGACUUUUCGUCUCGGGCAUUUUCAGCGGAGCACUCAGCACCGUCUCCUCCGGAGUAAACUCACUGGCGGCUGUCACCCUCGAGGACGUCGUGAAACGCUACAUCGUGGAAGAUAUGAGCGAUCGCUCUGCCACUACGCUGACCAAGGUCCUGGCGCUGACAUUUGGGUGCACCGCCAUUGCACUGGUCUACGCCGCGCAGAAUAUGGGCAACGUCUUACAGGCUGCUCUGUCAAUCUUUGGCAUCGUCGGAGGACCGCUGCUGGGAGUUUUCACCCUCGGCAUAUUUUUUCCCUUUGCAAAUAGCAUCGGGGCCGGCGUGGGCAUAGUGACGUCACUGGUAGUGACCUUCUGGAUUGGCAUUGGCGCCUUUUACUACAAGCCGGCGCAUAGAAUGGCUAGGCGCUCGGUGUUGGGAUGCUUGCAGGAGUACAUCAACGUGACGCACCAGAAUCCUGCGAACGUGACUUUCCCGGUGCUUCUCGACCCGGAUGUAGCCAACAAGGAGAUACUCUACGUCUACCGAAUCUCGUAUGUCUGGUACAGCAUGAUUGCCAGCAUGCUGGUCGUCUUCGUCGGAAUCAUCGUUAGCCUUAUCACUGGGCCUUAUGAACCGUCGAAGGUGAACCCCAGGUCGAUUCAUCCCAUCUACAAUUGCCUCGUCAAGAAGCUGGCAACACCGUCUGUGAGAGAGAAGCUCAUGGUCAGAAGUGAGGAGGCAUACGACUGGGACCGCAUGGUCGAGCUGGGCCGAAGGACGAAGGAUCACGCGGCGCAUUCUCCGCCGUCGAGGGAACUGAUCGAGGCGCCCUCCGACUGCACCGUCGCCGAAACUCCAGCGCCGGACUCCGCGGUCAUUCCCGUACCUCCAGCGACGAUCGCGCUCCCAACGGCAGCCACCGGUGACCUCGUGCCCGCGCGGCUAGACAUGCCCCCAACGCUGCUGCGCGCGCCCUCGUCUCCGGCACCGUCGGAGCCCUUCGACGUGGCCGGUUCGAGGGCGGUGUCGCCGUCGACCGCCAUCGCAGGGGCAGCCGGCGCUCCGCAGGUAGCGCAGCCUCGACAAGCCGCGGCUGACCAGCAGCCGAAUGGGUUGCAAGAGGCGGCGACGCCAACUGGCAGCGCUCACGAAAGCAGCGAAGCAGGUGGAGCGGCGCCGGCCAAGUAGGCCGCGGCGAAGAAGGCAACACGUGCAGGGGGCGCCUCGCGGUGCCAUCGACGAUGUGCCGUGCUGUGAAUGCUUACGCGCCGAGCUUCGUAAAUAAAUACGCACUACACCGUGAGCGAAGAGUGAACCUUUAACGUUUUGCUUAGACUCUAUAUAUGUACGUAGGCUCGCUUCGGCGCUUACAAUUUUGCGUCAAUACGCCGGUGGCGGUGAACGCCAUUUUAAGCCCCUGGAAUAAAAA